GGGCCCGUCCCGCCUCGGCUGCUCCGGCCCGGCCCCUCUCCACCCCGCCCCGGCACGGCACGGCACGGCACAACACGGCACGGGACGGGACGGCAAGGCAGCGCCCAGGUGAACGUCCCUCCGCCUGGUACGGCUCGGAACGGCAUCGGAAGACCCCGGGGAGCCGCGGGUGGGGGUAUCCAAACCCGAUGGGAAGACCGGCUGGGGACAGACACCGGCCCUGCUGUGACGGUGACCCAUCCUCCACGUGCUCCCACCCUGCUCAGUGCUGAGCACCAACCAUAAUCCCAUACCAGCAGCACUGUGCAGCAUGGACCUGUUGUGCUGCGGGUGCCUCUUGCUGUUGUUCACCUUAACCCCACUGGGCGCCGGCACCUGGCAGUGUCCUCGCAUCCCAUACAGCUCCACCAGGAACUUCUCCGUCCCCUAUGUGCUUCCCAGCCUCGAUGCUCACAGCCCCGUGCAGAAUGUCGCUGUCUUCACUGACUCCGCUCUCCCGGCUGCCAUCUUUGUGGCCGUUCGCAACCGCAUCCUGGUGGCCAGCCCUGAGCUGCACCUCCACUCUGUCCUUAUCACUGGCCCAGUGGGCAGCACCGAGUGCGAGAUCUGCCACCUGUGUCCUGUCACUACCGACAGCCCUGAGGACAUGGACAAUGUCCUGCUGCUGCUGGACCCUCUGGAGCCGUGGCUGUACAGCUGUGGCACAGCACGGCAUGGGCUGUGCUACCAGCACCAGCUGGAGGUGUGGGAUGGCAAGGUGACCAUCACGACCACACGUUGCCUAUACACAGCCACAGGCAAUCGCCCCACAUCCUGCCCUGACUGUGUGGCCAGCCCCCUGGGGACCAGUGCCACCGUGGUGGCCACCUCCUACGCCUCUUACUUCUACCUUGGUUCCACCAUCAACAGCAGCGUGGCAGCGCAGUACAGCCCGCAGUCUGUGUCCGUCCGCAGGCUGAAGGGCACCCUGGAUGGGUUUUCGGAUGACUUCCAGUGGUUAACAGUGCUGCCUCAAUACCGGGACAACUACACCAUCCACUAUAUCCACUCCUUCGCUGAUGGGGACUAUGUCUACUUCCUGACAGUGCAGCUGGAGCGGCCAGGUUCAGCAGUGUACCACACACGCUUGGCACGGCUCAGCGCCCAUGAGCGCAACCUCCGCCACUACCGUGAGCUCGUCCUUGACUGCCGCUUCGAGUCCAAGCGGCGGCGGCGGCGGCAUGGUGGCGGUGAGGGGGAUGCUGAGCGUGACAUCGCCUACAACCUGCUGCAGGCUGCCCAUGCUGCCCGCCCCGGUGCCCACCUGGCCCGUGACCUUGGCAUCAAUGACACCGACACAGUGCUCUUCGGCGCCUUCGUCGAGAGCUGGCCAGAGAGCCGGGUGCCGCGGGAGAACUCGGCUGUCUGCGCCUUCCCCCUCCGCCUCCUCAACCAGGCCAUGGAGGAGGGCAUGGAGAAGUGCUGUGGUACUGGGCACCAAGCACUGCUGCGAGGACUCAGCUUCUUCCAGCCGGUGGAAUACUGCCCCCACAAUGUGAACCUCUCAGCACCAGUGGCUGACACCAGCUGCUGGAACCAGCCCACCCUCGUCCCCGCCACCUCCCAUAAGGUGGACCUGUUCAACGGGCACCUGACUGGUGUCCUCCUCACCUCCAUCUUCAUCACCGCCCUGGGGAAUGUCACUGUGGCACACCUGGGCACAGCAGAGGGACGCAUCUUCCAGAUGGUGCUCCAACGCUCCAGUUCCUACCUCCUCACCUUGGCCAACUUCUCGCUGGGGGAGCCGGGGCCAGUGCAGGGUGCCAUGGGUCUGCAGAGCCACUCGCUCUACUUCACUGCUGGCACCAAGGUGUGGCAGCUCAAUGUCACCGGCCCUGGCUGCCGCCACUUCUCCACAUGCCAGCGCUGCCUGCGGGCUGAGCGCUUCAUGGGCUGUGGGUGGUGCAGGGAUGGCUGCAGACGCCAGCAUGAGUGCCAUGGCCCCUGGGUCCAGGACAGCUGCCCACCUCUCCUCACUGAUUUCCACCCCCGGAGUGCCCCGUUGCGGGGCCAGACGCGGGUGACACUCUGCGGUAUGACCUUCCGAUCCCAUUUGGAACCUGACCCCCAGCGCAUCCCUUCUGGCACCUACCGGGUGGCAGUGGGACAGCGAGGAUGCUUUGUGCUGCUGGAGGAGAGCAGGAGCCACAGACCCCUGCCCACCUCUCGCCACAAGGAAUUCGUGGAUGUGCUGGUGUGUGAACUGGAGCUGGGCAGCCUGACAGUGAUGAGGGGCCCAGCUGAAGUGGUGCUCACUGUGGAGGAACCCAAUCGAUCCUCUGGUUUCCAUGUCAAUGGCUCAUCCAGCCUUGGUGGCUUCUUCUUUGUGGAGCCCCGCAUCAGUGCCCUGCACCCUCCGUUUGGCCCACAGGGAGGUGGCACCCAGCUCUCACUCCAUGGCAUGCACCUCUCUUCAGGCAGCAGCUGGCAGGUGAUGGUCAAUGGCUCUGAGUGUCCCCUGUCCAGGCAGCCCAGCCAGGGUGAUGGGGUGAUUUGGUGCACGGUUCCUGCUGCUGGUGGCCUGGGCACAGUCCAGGUGUCCCUGCGGAUUGACCAGGAGGAGUUCCUGGCCCCCUUGUCCUUCCAGUACCGCCCCGACCCCUCCAUAUCUGCCAUCCUUCCCAGCUGCAGCUAUGAGGGCUCAGUGCUCACCAUUAUUGGCACCCACCUGAACUCGGUGUAUCGCACCAAGAUCUACUUUGAAGCCAACGGUGUGAAGACUGAAGCCACAGAGUGCCAGGACCCACAGACACCUGAGCAGCUGCUGUGCCCCAGCCCAGCCUUCCCCUUUGAGAGCAAGGUGGAGACAGCACUAGGGAACCUCAGCGUGCUCCUGGAUGGUGCUGCUGGCCACCGGCACUUCCGCCUCCGCUACUACCCCAAGCCUGAGGUCUUUCCCUUGGAGCAGGAGGGUAGGCGCCUGCACCUCAAGCCUGGUGACGACGAGAUCGAGGUGCACCAAUUGGGGCUGGAUGCCGUGGCCACCUGCAUGAACAUCACCAUGACCGUGGGGGGCAGGGACUGCCACCCUAAUGUGCUGAAGAAUGAGGUGACGUGCCGCCUGCCCCGCGAGCUGCGCCUGCCCCCAGCUGGGGCCCCCGUGGAGAUCUGCGUGAAUGGUGCCUGUGAGGCACUGGGCUGGGUGCUGCCUGCUGCCUCCUCGCUGGGCAUGGCUGCCAGCCUGGCCCUGGGCACUGGUAUCACCUUCCUGGUCUGCUGUGUCCUGGCUGCUGUGCUGCUCCACUGGCGCUGGAGGAAGACAGCAGGGACAGAGAACCUGGAGCUGCUUGUGCAUCCCGGCCGUGGGGACAUCCCCACCACCACCCAGCGCCCCGGUGUUGACUACAGGGAGGUGCUGGUGCUGCCCACAGCAGGCAGUCCCGGCCCCAUGGUUCCCCGGGCACGAUUCACCAGUGCUGGUGCCAGUGCUGCUGGAAGCGUGGCGGGCGACGGGUCCCCCAUACCCUUGCUCAGGGCUACAUCCUGCUGCCUGGAGGACCUGCGUCCUGAGCUGCUGGAGGAGGUGAAGGACAUCCUCAUCCCUGAGGAGCGGCUUGUCACCCACCGCCACCAGGUCAUUGGCAAAGGGCACUUUGGCAGUGUCUACCAUGGCACCUACACAGACCCAGUGCUGGGCGAUCUCCACUGUGCUGUGAAGUCCCUGCACCGCAUUACGGACCUGGAAGAGGUGGAAGAGUUCCUGCGUGAGGGGAUCCUCAUGAAGAGCUUCCACCACCCUCAGGUGCUCUCACUGCUGGGCAUAUGCUUGCCCCGCCAUGGGCUGCCCCUUGUUGUCCUGCCCUACAUGCGUCAUGGGGACCUGCGCCACUUCAUCCGCGCCCAGGAGCGGAGCCCCACUGUGAAGGACCUCGUUGGUUUCGGGCUGCAGGUGGCCCUGGGCAUGGAGUACCUGGCCCAGAAGAAGUUUGUGCAUCGUGACCUGGCAGCCAGAAACUGCAUGCUGGACGAGACGCUGACGGUGAAGGUGGCUGACUUUGGACUGGCACGGGAUGUGUUUGGCAAGGAGUACUACAGCAUCCGACAGCACCGCCACGCCAAGCUGCCCGUCAAGUGGAUGGCACUGGAGAGCCUCCAGACCCAAAAAUUCACCACCAAGUCAGACGUGUGGUCCUUCGGGGUGCUCAUGUGGGAGCUGCUGACCCGGGGGGCAUCGCCCUACCCCGGUGUGGACCCCUAUGACAUGACCAGCUACUUGCUGAGGGGGAGGCGGCUGCCACAGCCCUGCCACUGCCCUGACACCCUGUAUGGGGUGAUGCUGAGCUGCUGGGCACCAGCACCUGAGGAGAGGCCAUCCUUCACUGGGCUGGUGGGUGAGCUGGAGCGUGUCCUGGCCACGUUGGAGGGCAAGCACUACGUCAACCUUGCUGUCACCUAUGUCAACCUGGAGUGUGGUCCCCUCUUCCCCCCUGCUCCUUCAGAGCAUCUGCCCGAGGGUGAGGAUGAGAACAGGGACAAUGCAAAGGAGGAGGAAGAAGAGGAGGAAGAUAUGGAUGGGUGCUGAUGAGGUGCCCUGCACCAUGGGGGCUUCCAGACCCCUGACACAUUCCUAGGAGGGAUGCAUUGUGCUCUGGGGCACUGUCCCUAUGGGGCAGAUGCUGGUAGGAGGCUGGGUGCUGUGGGGUGCUCUCCCACAGCUCAGACCCAGACCCCUCGGGCUUCUCCCCUGGCCUUGCCCCAUGCCAGGGGGGUGCGGUGGGGCUCAGUCCUGAAUAGAUGCUGGGGGGUUCAGCUCCACACUGGUGAGGCUGUGUUGUGGGGGUCUGGGGCUCAGCCCCACAUCAGCAAGGCUAUGCCAUGAGGUCUGGGGCUCAAACCCUAUGGGUGUUGUGGGGUGCCCUGGACU